GGGACCAUAAAUUCAGUGCCCACCGGAUCGUGUUGGCAGCUUCCAUCCCAUACUUCCAUGCCAUGUUCACCAAUGAUAUGAUGGAGUGCAAGCAGGAUGAGAUUGUCAUGCAAGGGAUGGAUCCCAGUGCACUUGAAGCUCUGAUCAACUUUGCCUACAAUGGUCACUUGGCCAUAGACCAGCAGAACGUGCAGUCCUUGCUCAUGGGGGCAAGUUUCCUUCAGCUCCAGAACAUCAAGGAUGCUUGUUGUACCUUCCUCAGGGAGAGGCUCCAUCCCAAGAACUGCCUGGGCGUGCGGCAGUUUGCGGAGACCAUGAUGUGUGCUGUGCUCUAUGAUGCUGCGAACAGCUUCACUCACCAGCACUUCGUGGAAGUCUCCAUGUCCGAGGAGUUCCUGGCUCUGCCUUUUGAGGACGUCCUGGAGCUUGUGUCUAGGGAUGAGCUCAACGUGAAGUCUGAAGAGCAGGUGUUUGAAGCUGCCUUAGCCUGGAUCCGGUACGACAGGGACCAGAGGGAGUCCUUCCUGCCAGAGCUCCUGUCCAAGAUUCGCCUCCCCCUGUGCCGACCUCAGUUCCUCACUGACCGUGUCCAGCAGGAUGACCUGGUCCGCUGCUGCCACAAAUGCAGGGAUCUGGUUGAUGAAGCAAAAGAUUAUCACCUCAUGCCAGAGCGUCGGCCGCACCUGCCGGCAUUCAAGACGCGGCCUCGGUGCUGCACGUCCAUUGCAGGGCUGAUCUAUGCUGUGGGAGGGCUAAACUCAGCAGCAAAUUUCUAUGCAGGUGACUCUCUGAACGUGGUGGAAGUGUUUGAUCCCAUUGCCAACCGCUGGGAGAAGUGUCAGCCCAUGGCAACAGCUCGGAGCCGUGUCGGAGUGGCUGUGGUCAAUGGGCUGCUCUACGCCAUCGGCGGCUACGAUGGGCAGCUGAGGCUGAGCACUGUGGAGGUCUACAACCCAGAGACAGAUUCCUGGUCCAAAGUGGAAAGUAUGAACAGUAAGAGAAGUGCAAUGGGAACUGUGGUGCUGGAUGGUCAGAUCUACGUGUGUGGUGGAUACGAUGGAAACUCAUCCCUCAACUCGGUGGAGUCCUACUCUCCAGAAACAAAUAAGUGGACAACAGUGACGCCCAUGAGCUCUAACCGCAGCGCCGCUGGAGUCACAGUCUUUGAGGGACGGAUCUACGUGUCAGGGGGACAUGAUGGGCUGCAGAUCUUCAACAGUGUGGAGUACUACAACCACCACACCUCCACCUGGCACCCUGUCUCCAGCAUGCUCAACAAGCGCUGCCGCCAUGGCGCCGCUGCGCUGGGCAGCAAGAUGUUUGUGUGUGGAGGCUACGAUGGCUCAGGCUUCCUGAGCAUCGCUGAAGUCUACAGCUCCAUGGCUGACCAGUGGUACCUCAUUGUCCCUAUGAACACCCGGAGGAGCCGCGUGUCCCUCGUCGCCAACUGUGGCCGGUUGUAUGCGGUGGGCGGCUACGAUGGACAGUCCAACCUCAGCUCCGUGGAGAUGUAUGACCCCGAGACCAACAGGUGGACGUUUAUGGCCCCCAUGGUGUGCCAUGAGGGAGGGGUUGGGGUAGGCUGUGUGCCUCUCCUCACCAUCUGAGCAGGAA